AUGACUAUUGAUUUGAAUCAAAUAGAAAAAUUUAUCUCUGAGUUAGUGUUGGAUAAAGUUGGUCCAAUAAUUAAAAAGAAAUCAGGUUCUCAACAAAAUUAUGAUUUGAAAACUGGUUCGAGAAGAGUUGAUAUUGUAACAGAAAUAGAUAAAGAAGUUGAACAAUUAAUAUGGAAAACGUUAAAGGAUGAAUAUCCUACAUUCCAAUUUGUUGGUGAAGAGGGUUAUGUUGAAGGUGUUACCGAGAUUACAAAUGAUCCAACGUUCAUUGUAGAUCCAAUAGAUGGAACUACAAAUUUUGUGCAUGAUUUCCCAUUCAGUUGUACAUCUAUUGGUCUAACUAUAAGUAAGGUUCCUGUUGUGGGUGUUAUAUACAAUCCUCAUCUUGAUCUAUUAGUAACAGCCUCAAAGGGUAACGGUGUGAAAGUUAACGGGGAACAAUUUGAUUAUACCCAAAAGUAUCAAACUAUGGGACCAUUAGUGUUGAAUAAAUCAAUCGUGGCAUUACAGCCAGGUUCUGCAAGAGAAGGUGAAAAUUUCACAUGUAAGAUGAAAACAUAUCAAAAUUUGUUAGCAUAUGAAAAAGGGUUUGUUCACGGUUUUAGAAACCUAGGGUCUUCUGCUAUGACUUUAGCAUAUAUCACAUUAGGGCAUUUAGACAGUUACUGGGAUGGUGGCUGUUACUCAUGGGACGUUUGCGCUGGUUGGUGUAUUUUAACUGAAAGUGGCGGUCGUAUUGUUGGAGCUAAUAAAGGAGAAUGGGAUAUUCCUGUUGAUAAUAGAACUUAUUUGGCGGUGAGAGGUACUGCUAAUAAUGAUAAAGAGACUCAAGAAAAAUACAUAAAUGACUUUUGGAACUGUGUUGAAGGGAAACUUAAGUAUUAA